ACGUCUAAUCGAAAUGCUAAUUUCGGCCAAGUUCCUGUGUAAUUUUGGGAAACAAGAAAAAGGUAACGACAAGAGAAGAAAAUACAAAAAAGAAAAAAAGCUAACAGCACAACCAGAGAUGCAUAGGGUACAGCACCCAUCGUAGUAUUAAAAUCAGUUGAGCUAACGGCGGACCUUCCAAAGUAGCAGCAAAUUGAGAGCUUCUGCUUCAGUUCCAGUUUCUGCAAAAGCCGCCAUUCGCGUGUAUAUACAACUGUUAUAUAUAUAUAUAUAUAUAUAUAUAUAGAGAGAGAGAGAGAGAGAGAGAGAGAGAACGGAUGAUGAUGUGGGUUCGACCGGUUCGAUGGCCAUUGUCGUCGGUGGCCCGGAGUUAUUCGUCAUUAUCAGCUUCGCCGGCUGCGGUUGAAGCAGAGCGAUGUAUAAAGGACGGACCCAGAAACGACUGGACUCGAAAUGAAAUCAAGUCUAUUUAUGACUCCCCACUCCUCGAUCUCCUCUUUCAUGGCGCCCAAGUACAUAGACAUUCUCAUAACUUUAGAGAAGUACAGCAGUGUACUUUGCUGUCUAUUAAGACAGGAGGAUGCAGUGAAGAUUGUUCAUAUUGUCCUCAAUCAUCUAGAUACAACACAGGAGUGAAAGCACAGAAACUUAUGAACAAGGAUGCCGUUCUGGAAGCAGCUAGAAAGGCAAAAGAGGGAGGUAGCACUCGUUUUUGUAUGGGUGCUGCAUGGAGGGAUACAAUAGGGAGGAAAACCAAUAUGAACCAAAUAGUCGAGUAUGUGAAGGAAAUAAGGGACAUGGGAAUGGAGGUUUGCUGCACCUUGGGGAUGCUUGAGAAGCAGCAAGCCUUAGAGCUCAAGAAAGCAGGUCUUACAGCAUACAAUCACAAUCUUGACACUUCAAGAGAAUACUACCCUAAUAUUAUAACCACAAGGACUUACGAUGAGCGGCUGGAAACACUGAAGCAUGUACGAGAAGCAGGAAUUAAUGUGUGUUCAGGUGGAAUAAUAGGGCUUGGUGAGGCAGAAGAGGAUAGAAUUGGUUUGCUGCAUACCCUGGCCACUCUUCCGACUCACCCUGAGAGUGUGCCGAUUAAUGCACUUAUUGCAGUAAAAGGCACGCCACUGGAAGACCAGAAGCCAGUGGACAUAUGGGAUAUGAUUCGGAUGAUUUCGACAGCCAGAAUAACAAUGCCAAGCGCAAUGGUUAGGCUUUCUGCAGGAAGAGUUCGGUUUUCUGUCCCGGAGCAGGCUCUUUGUUUCCUUGCUGGUGCGAACUCCAUCUUUACAGGUGAGAAGUUGUUGACUACACCCAAUAAUGACUUCGAUGCUGAUCAGAAUAUGUUCAAAUUACUUGGACUUGCUCCUAAACCUCCAAAUUUCCCGGAGUACGAAAAAGAUUCUGAAGAUGAAAAGAUGGAAGCAUCGGUCUAGUUCAGUCUGAGAUGUCUAGGGCUCAUUAAGGUGUUAGUGCUCCCAACACAGCGACCUAUGGUUAAGGGUGGAGCAGCCCUCAUCCAUUGCACCACAACGCUCCCAACAUAGUGACCUCUGGUUAAGGGAGGAGCAGCCCCAUCUACUGCACAACAACUUGGUAGCAGAGAGUUGUUAUUGUAUGAUAAAUGAUGAUAGCAACGAUGAGAAGUUAUUAUCAGUGACUUUCAUCAACUCCAGUGGAUACUGGAAAUGAGCGCUUACGGUUGUCUUUGUAACCAAAAGAAGAAAAAAACAAUAAGAAACAACAAUUAAACAACGGAAAAGGGUCAAAUUUGCCCUUCUGGUUAAAUAUACUUUUCGUCAGGAGUCAUUACACUCGCUAUCUUAUUUAAGGUCAAA